UAUCAGUCCAGUUCACAGCCGGACGGUCUGGAUGAGGCUCCCGAGGACGGGAGAGAGAGAGAGAGAGAAGGAGAAGAAGAUCAGAUAAGUAGGUUGUAUUGGGACGGGAAUCAUUGGACAACAACCAGACAUGGACGUGAAGGAAAAAAAGGAUGAAUUGGCCGCAGCCAAAAACCAACCCAACGGACAUUUAAGUGAAAGCAAAGACAAGAAAAAGGAGAAAGAAAAAGAGCCAAAGUUGCCCAUGGUUGGCCCCAUCGAUGUGUUUAGGUUCGCUAAAGGCUUGGACAUUCUCCUGAUCCUGGCCGGGACGGUCUGUGCCAUCGCCAACGGCGUGACGCUUCCCCUCAUGUGUAUUGUGUUUGGGGACAUGACGGACAGCCUUGUGACCUCUGCGUCGGGACAAAUCAACUCCACCAACAUCACCAUACCAAGAAACAGCACCUUAGAGGAUGAAAUGACAAAAUAUGCCAUUAGCUACACCAUAUUGGGUUUUGUCGUCUUGGUGGUGGCCUACGGGCAGGUGGCCUUCUGGACCCUCUCUGCUGGGCGGCAGGCGAAACGCAUCCGCACGUUGUUUUUCCACCGCAUCAUGCAGCAGGACAUCGGCUGGUUCGAUGUCUCUGAAACUGGAGAGCUCAACACACGUCUCACAGAUGAUGUCUAUAAGAUCCAAGAGGGUAUCGGUGACAAGGCCGGGAAGCUUAUUCAGGCCUUCAGCACCUUCAUCACAGCCUUCACCAUCGGCUUCGUCAAAGGAUGGAAACUCACUCUCGUCAUUCUGGCCGUGAGUCCUGCGCUCGGCAUUUCAGCUGGAAUUUUCUCCAAGUUGCUGGCGACUUUCACUUCUAAAGAGCAGGCUGCAUAUGCCAAAGCUGGAGCUGUGGCCUCAGAGGUGAUCUCUGCUGUGAGGACGGUAUUCGCCUUCAGUGGUCAGGAAAGAGAAAUCAAGAGAUAUAUUAAAAACUUGGAGGAUGCAAAGAACAUGGGAAUAAAGAAGGCGACAUAUGCCAAUUUUGCAUUUGGCAUCAACUUCCUGAUGAUCUACCUGUCCUACGCUCUGGCCUUCUGGUACGGAAGUACACUCAUCCUGAAGGAGGAGUACACCAUUGGAACCGUACUCACUGUGUUCUUCGUUGUGCUUAUUGGAGCGUUCACUGUGGGUCAGACCUCUCCUAACAUCCAGACAUUUGCCACCGCUCGAGGAGCUGCACAUAAAGUGUACAACAUUAUCGAUCAUAAACCGACCAUCGACAGCUAUUCAGAGGCCGGCUUCAAGCCUGAUUCCAUCACAGGAAACAUAGAGUUCAAGAACAUCCACUUCAGCUACCCCUCCAGGCCAGAUACCGAAAUUUUACAUGACUUGUCCCUGAGCGUGAAGAGCGGGCAGACCAUCGCGUUGGUUGGCAGCAGCGGCUGCGGUAAAAGCACCACGAUCCAGCUGCUGCAGAGGUUCUACGAUCCUCAUGAAGGAUCUGUGAGCGUUGACGGACACGACAUCCGUUCUCUCAACAUCCGUUACCUGAGAGAGAUGAUCGGAGUGGUGAGUCAGGAGCCCGUCCUCUUUGCCACCACCAUCGCCGAGAACAUCAGAUACGGCCGACUCGACGUGACGGACCAAGAGAUCACGCAGGCCGCCAAGGAGGCUAACGCUUACAACUUCAUCAUGGGCCUUCCCAACAAGUUUGAGACGAUGGUGGGCGACCGAGGCACUCAGAUGAGUGGAGGACAGAAGCAGAGGAUUGCGAUCGCUCGAGCUCUGGUCCGCAACCCCAAAAUCCUUCUGUUGGACGAAGCCACGUCUGCACUUGAUUCUGAAAGUGAGACCAUUGUUCAAGCUGCACUCGACAAGGUCCGACAGGGUCGUACCACCAUCAUUGUUGCCCACCGCCUCUCGACCAUCAGGAACGCAGACGUCAUCGCGGGCUUUCAGCAAGGACAAGUUGUGGAGCUGGGGACGCACAGCAAGCUGAUGGAAGAAAAGGGAGUCUACCACACACUCGUCUCUAUGCAGACCUUUCAAAAUGUCGAGGAGAGGGAAGAGGGGGAAGAGGGGGAGGAGGGGGAGGAGGCGGAGUGGGAGCAUUCUGCAGACAAGAAGGGCCCGUUAGCCAGGACCCUCUCCCAGUCCUCUCUGCACAGGAGGAAGUCCACAAGGGGCACCUCCUUCACUGCCUCGGAGGGAGAGAAAGAGGGGAAAGAAAAGCUGAAGGAUUGCGUGACAGAAGAGGAUGAAGAUGUUGCCCCCAUGUCGUUCCCUAAGUUGCUGUACCUCAACCGCAACGAGUGGCCGUACAUUUUGGUUGGGACCAUCUGUGCCAUCAUUAACGGAGCUAUGCAACCACUGUUUGCCAUCAUCUUCUCCAAGAUCAUCACCGUGUUUGCAGAACCAGAUCCAGAGAUUAUCAGGCAAAGAUCUUCAUUCUUCUCUUUGAUGUUUGUUGUUAUCGGAGCUGUAACUUUCAUCACCAUGUUUCUACAGGGCUUCUGUUUUGGUAAAUCUGGAGAGAUUCUGACCAUGAAACUAAGACGCGAUGCCUUUAAAGCCAUGAUGAGACAGGACCUCGGCUGGUACGACCACCCCAAGAACAGUGUUGGAGCGCUGACUACGAGAUUGGCCACAGACGCAGCACAAGUGCAAGGAGCUACGGGGGUGCGCAUGGCCUCGCUGGCGCAGAACGUAGCCAACAUGGGCACGUCAGUGAUCAUCUCCUUCGUGUACGGAUGGCAGCUGACCUUGCUCGUCCUGGCCGUGGUGCCCUUCAUGGCGGCGGCUGGAGCUGUGGAGAUGAAGGCGCUCACCGGAUACGCUGCCAAAGACAAGAAGGAGCUGGAGAAGGCUGGAAAGAUCGCUACAGAGGCAAUCGGGAACAUCCGAACUGUCGUCUCUCUGAACAGAGAACCCAAGUUUGAGAGUUUGUAUCAGGAAAACCUGGAAGUACCAUACAAGAACUCGCAGAAGAACGCCCAUGUGCACGGUCUCACCUUCUCCCUCACCCAGGCCAUGAUCUACUUUGCUUACGCAGGCUGCUUCCGGUUCGGAGCUUGGCUCAUUGUGACGGGGAGGAUGGACGUUGAGGGAGUCUUCCUUGUCAUCUCCGCUAUACUGUACGGUGCCAUGGCCCUCGGAGAGGCCAACUCCUUCGCUCCAAACUAUGCCAAGGCCAAAAUCUCAGCCUCCCACCUCAUGAUGCUGCUGAACAAAGUGUCCGCCAUCGACAAUCUCUCAGAGGAGGGGGAGUCACCUGACAAAUUCGAGGGUAAUGUGCACUUUGAAAGUGUAUUUUUUAACUACCCCUCACGCCCCGAUGUGCCCGUCCUCCAAGGGCUGAAUCUGAAGGUGAGCAAGGGAGAGACUUUGGCCUUGGUGGGGAGCAGCGGCUGCGGAAAGAGCACCACCAUCCAGCUGCUCGAGAGGUUCUACGAUCCCAGGGAGGGGCGAGUGCUGCUGGACAAUACAAAUGCAAAACAGCUGAACCUCCAGUGGUUGAGAUCACAGAUCGGCAUCGUAUCCCAGGAGCCUGUGCUGUUCGACUGCACUUUAGGCGAAAACAUCGCUUACGGAGACAACAGCCGCACCGCAACCGUAGCAGAGAUACAGGACGCUGCUAAAGCAGCCAACAUUCACACCUUCAUCGAAAGUCUGCCACAGAAGUACGACACUCAGGCGGGUGAUAAAGGAGCUCAGCUGUCAGGCGGCCAGAAGCAGCGCAUAGCCAUAGCCCGCGCCAUUCUGCGCAACCCCAAAGUGCUGCUCCUGGACGAGGCCACCUCUGCACUUGACACCGAGAGUGAGAAGGUGGUACAGGAGGCGUUGGACGAGGCCAGUAAGGGCAGGACGUGUAUCAUCGUGGCUCAUCGUCUGUCCACCAUCCAAAAUGCAGACCGCAUCGCCGUCUUCAAUGGAGGCGUGGUGAUGGAACUGGGGACGCAUCAACAGUUGCUGGCCCAAAAGGGAGUCUACCACAUGCUGGUCGACAAACAGAUGGGCCACCAGAGGAAAUGAGUACAGGGAGAGGACAACGGGAGCCUUAGUAAAACCUAUUGUUUUAGAUCUCUUUGUUUGCCAGGCUUAAGUGGUGAAACAGCUGUGAUCUAAAUUGGUCACAAUUUAUUUAGAAACUUGUGACUUUGCCUUUCAUAGUUUGAUUAUGAUUGGUUCAGACUAGUCACUUUUCAGCCAAAAAGCUAUGUGUACCUUCUGUUCAUUAGUUGUUGCUUUUAUGGACCUUUUUCACAGAAGAUAUUUUGACAUAUGAGAGAAGAACAGGUUUAAAUACACAUUGUGACUGUGUAUAACUAAUUGUAAAAUUGAACUUCCUACUUUGUUUUCCACAAAUGCAACUCUUACCAAACCUUUUGUAGAAUGCGCCUCAAUGCAACUAAUAAAGUUUUGUAUUCUGUUUCUGAAA